GGCAGCAGAGCACGGAGACAGCGCUGUUUGUCCCGGUCUCCAGUUUGAACUCGUCCAUCUGUCCUUCACGUCCGAAAAGACACGUUUCUGGACCUCUAACAAACCCUGGAUCCUGCAGGAACCCUCCUCCUGAUAAUCCGGGUUGGUUCAGCUGAAUGACCCUGGACGUUUCCUCCUGGGAGAGAGAUGGAGAAUAGCUUUCAAACACUUUCACCCUCAUCCCUGUGUCCCACCACCUUUGGAGGGUCCCUGUGUCCCACCACCUUUGGAGGGUUCAUGACCCUCUCCUCCUCGCCGCUGCAGACAACUUGCAGCGGCCGUAUUUCGCUCCCACUUUCACCCAUUUCUUUCCCCCCGUCCCCCAUCUCACUUUCUCCAGCGACAGCAGAGUCCAUCUUCUCCUCCUCCCCUUUCUCACAGUGCACAGCGUCUCAGUGCCUUGAACUACAAAACACAGAGGGCCUCAGCCCUACAAACAUAUGUGACCAGGAUGACCUGACCUGCCUCAGCUGGCUGCAUCAGAGAGGCAACCUGCUGCCACUGCAGCCCCUUCCCAAAAUGACACCAUUGCCUCAGCUAGAGGCCUCCACACCGACCCAUCCUCCUCCUGCCUCGUCCAAGCCACCAUACUCCUUCAGUAGUCUGAUUUUCAUGGCAAUCGAAGAGUCGCCAGACAAGAGACUUCCAGUUAAGGACAUCUACGAAUGGAUUGUAAACAAGUUCCCCUACUACAGGACAGCCACUGGAGGCUGGAGGAACUCUGUUAGACACAACCUGUCGCUAAGCAAGAGCUUCUGUCGCAUUCAGAGGGACAAGAGCCAGUCCGUGGGGAAGGGAUCGCUGUGGUGUGUUUGUCCCGAGUAUCGGCCGGCGCUCCUCGAGGUGCUUAGGAAGACCCACAGUUAUCACAGCACUAACAGCAAUCUGCUAAACAAGCCUGCACUGUUGGAAGGAGCUGACUAUGUGGUGCCUGCAGUCUGUGACAAUAUUGAAAUCUCAGAUACUCUGUGUCACACGCUCCUCCUCUCAAUGGCCUCACCCUCUUCCCCAACCCUGACCACUGAUGAUCCAAAUUUUGGUGAAAACCCUUCGUGCCCUUUAACACCGGACCAUGAGGAGCUUGUCACCAUGGAGUCGAUGGAGUACCAGCAUGAGGAGAUCUGCGAGGAGAUGGAAAAGGACCCCCUGUCCGACAGCGGCUACAUCGAGUUACACUACUACCAGUCUCAACAGUUCCAGUACCUGGUGCUGCCUGAUGACACCGAGCUGGACCUGGAGACAGUGGAGAUCCUUCAGCUGGAUGCAGAGGCCCAGGAGGCCGCUGGCUCACUGCUGGACCUGGCUGGUGGUGUAUAUUAAUUCUAUAUCCCAAGUCACGGUCACAACCGAUUCAAUGCUUCAAUCUUCUGUAAGCAAAUACUCCAGUAGAGCAACAUAAAUGGGAUUUAUGUUUGUUCAUAUAUGAUGUUUUGUGAAUUAGCUGCUUCUUCCUGAGACACCAACACUGCCCUAUGUGUAUUUUUGUGUAAUUAAAUAACACCAUAGAUCAACUUUACCGAUGGACUAACAAAACUGUGGAUGGCAUUACAUGUAUCCAGACACUUUCAGUGCAGAAGCUGACUUUACUAUCGUACAUGCCAUACACUGACUACUCUUAACCAAAGACUUGAGAGCUCAAUGUUAAAAUGAAAUAUACAGUAUGGACAAAAUGAUAUAGAUUUGAAAACUGAAAGGAAAGUAUUAUAGUGUAUGGUCUUCAACACGUCUUUUUAUGGUUUCCACUGUGAUUUUUUAACAAAUAAAGUUCAUUCUCAGGGGUGGAAGUAGUUCUUAGUUCCAACUAGUGUACAAGUUGUGUAUCUUGAUUCAGGUAUGUCCCAAAAAUGAUGUAUACAGAAGAAAAGUACUAGAGUAGCUCUUUUGAUGUAAAACUGACCAGCAAACAAACUCACUUAAUGUCUUCCCAACUAGUGCUUCUCAGUUUCUUCCAAGUGGGAACCUUCAUUUCUUUAUAAGAAUGUUUUAAGCACUAUUCAGAUACACUGCUUUACUUUUUAAUUGUAUUCCUAAUUAAUUCCUUUACUCCCUUUGUCGUUCCUCCGAGCAUGUUCUCUAAUGUUGAUUUUAUGUACAUUGUGUUAUUUGACUAAUUCCCACUCCCAGAAUUUCUUUUAGGUGAAUGUGAACUUAAAAGCCUGGAAAUGAAUUUGUAAGCUAAGCUACCCUGUGUUCAAUCAGGAAGUUGAACCUUUUAAUUAAAAUGCAAGAUGAACUCACUGCCAUGUGAACAACGUUACAUUUCAAGAUACACUGCAUUUCUGUUUGUUAAUGUAUUCUUUUUGAAAUAUCAGGAUUUUGUAAUCUAACAAAUAAAUACUGCCAUGCUGUU